AUGGCUGAAGAAGAGCAUUUUGAUGCAUCUGCAUCAGCAUCCGAGCCGGUUGGAUAUCCAGGACGACCGUAUGAUACAUCUCUGUUAGUUAAGUACGAACAGCAUGUCGCAUACCGUAUAUGGUUCGAUGAGAGAGGGUCGAAGAAAGAGUUAAAGGUGGCGGGGCAUGGGUUGAAGUUGACUCAGAGGGUUCCACUACAGCUACCCAGAGAGAUGGAUAGCUGGAUAUCUAGGUCUAGUCUAGCUUCACUCCAGAGAACCAGUUUAACAAAGAUAGACACAAACCUAGUUUCCGCUUUUGCAGAGAGGUGGCAUCUAGAGACAUCUUCAUUUCACAUGCCGUUUGGUGAGAUGACGAUUACUCUAGAUGACGUAUCUUGCCUGCUUCACUUGCUCAUCAGGGGAGUCUUCUGGAGCCCUCAAGAUAUCAGUGAAGCGCUUGUUGUUGAGUGGGCUGUUGAUUAUUUAGGAGUGUCACAGAGAAUAACACAACAACAAGUCCGUGAGUGCAGGGGUUCCUACUAUAAGUUGGAGUGGUUAUAUGAUCGGUUCGUAGAGCACAUAGCUGCAUCUCGAUGGGAUUAUGCCACUAGAGCUUAUUUGCUGAUGUUAGUUGUCGCUACUGCGAAAAACAACCGGCGGAAAAAACAGAAGAGUCGCCACUUUCGUUAUUUAUCCCAAAGAGAGGGAAAGGAAACGAUCGCAAAAACCUAA